AUGUCCCGAUUGAUUGAAAUCGACCUCGAUGUCCCCGCGACGCCGCUGCCGCGGCGCGUGAAGGACCUGCUUGACGACGCCGACGACCGCAUCGAGCGGUUCCACCACCGCCGCCGCGACAACCCCGCCCCGGCCUUUGUGCCGAGCGACUUUGUCGAAAGUUAUCGGGCCCUCUCCAAAGUGGCCGAGUUAAGCCUUGCCCCCGGCGGACGGUUUCUGGAGUGGGGGAGCGGCAUCGGCGUCGUCACCCUCCAGGCAAGCCUCUUGGGGUUCGACGCGAUCGGCAUUGAGAUCGAGGAGGACUUGGUCGAUGAGGCCAACUCACUUUCCGAGGACCACGGCAUCGAGGCCGAGUUCCUCUGCGGCAGCUUCGUCCCCGACGGCGGUGACGACGUGCUCGAAGCCAACGCCUACAACCUCUCCCGCACCAUCACCUGGCUCCGCAACGAUGUCGCCAGUGCGUACGACGAUCUAGGCCUCGAACCCGAUGAUUUCGACUUGAUCUUCGCGUACCCCUGGCCCGGUGAGGAAGACACGGUGUUCGACCUCUUCGCCGAGUUCGCCUCGGUCGGAGCCUUGCUGAUGACGCACCACGGCGAGGAGGGGAUGCGUUUGCAGCGGAAGCGAAGAAUGUCGCUUCGCUCUACCCUUCUCGACCUCGAGCGUCACGGCCAUCUGCGGCGGAUCGACGCGCCGGUGGACGCUUAUCUUGAGGCAGCGGCCAUUCAUCGGCGGGUCUUUGCGGCGGGCGGGCCGGCGCUGUGGUUCACGAACGUGACCGGCUGCCGGUUCUCGAUGGCGAGCAACUUGUUCGGCACGCUCGAGCGCUCGAAGUUUCUUUUCCGCCACACUUAUGAAUCGGUGCAGCGGCUGAUCGACCUCAAGGUCGAUCCGACGCGAGCGCUGAAGUCGCCCCUGAAGUAUGCGACGACGCCGUUCGCCGCCCUGCGGAUGCUGCCGAAGUCCGUCCGUAGCGGCCCGGUGAUGGCCUGCGAGACCACGAUCAGUUCACUGCCGAACCUCGUCAGUUGGCCCCGCGACGGCGGGCCGUUUGUGACGCUGCCGCAGGUCUAUACCGAGGAUCCGCACGCCCCGGGGCUGAUGAAGUCGAACCUCGGCAUGUACCGCAUCCAACUCGCUGGCAACGAGUACGAACGAGACAGCGAGAUCGGCCUGCACUAUCAACUGCAUCGCUCGAUCGGCGUCCAUCAGGCCGAGGCGAGGCGGCUCGGCAAGCCGUUCCGUGUGAAUACGUUCGUCGGUGGCCACCCGGCGAUGACGCUUGCCGCGGUGAUGCCGCUCCCCGAGGGGAUGAGCGAAUUGACGUUCGCCGGCGCGCUAGCGGGGCGACGCAUCCGCAUGGUGAAGCGUCGCGAAGGGCUACCCGUCUACGCCGACGCCGACUUUGCGAUCUGCGGCACGGUGGUCCCCGGCGAGAACGGCGCGGGCGGCUUGCCUCGCAUGAAGCCCGAAGGCCCCUUCGGCGAUCACCUGGGCUACUAUUCGUUGCAGCACCCGUUCCCCGUGCUGCGGGUCGAGCGCGUCUAUCACCGCCGCGAUGCGGUCUGGCCGUUUACGGUGGUCGGUCGCCCGCCGCAAGAAGACACGGCGUUUGGCGAACUCAUUCACGACCUCACCGGCCCGGUGAUCCCGACGGUUCUCCCAGGCGUGCUAGGCGUCAACGCUGUUGACGCCGCCGGCGUGCACCCGCUCCUGCUCGCGGUGGGCAGCGAACGCUACAUGCCCUUCAACGGCGAAUCACGGCCCCAAGAGAUUCUCACGCAAGCCAGCGCCAUCCUCGGGCAAGGGCAAUUGUCACUUGCCAAGUUCCUCUUCAUCGCCGACGCGGGAUGCUGGCAAAGCCGACAAGAGGCGACGCACGACUUGCAUGCCGUGCGGCCGUUCCUCGAAGCGGUACUACGACGCGCUGAUUGGACCCGCGAUCUGCAUUUCCAUACGCGGACGACGAUCGACACGCUCGACUACUCGGGCGAUUCGCUCAACGCGGGGUCGAAGGUCAUCAUCGCCGCCGCGGGACCUCCGAAGUUCGAGUUGGCGACAGAGAUUGGCAACGGCGUUUCCCUGCCCGAUGGCUACGGCGACGCACGUGUCGUGAUGCCCGGUGUUGUUGUCCUACGGGGACCGAAGUUGCCGGCGCCAUCGUUUGACUACGACGCGGCGUGGCGCGGGGAUGUGUCGGGUGAAGCGGUGGAGGCGGAGGGGCUCGCUAAGCCGCAAGCGGCGGCCGAACAUGAUAUGGAACGCUUCGUCAAAGGCUUGCCGCUUAGCGACCCGUUGUGUCGCUUCCGGCUGAUCAUCGUGGCCGACGACCCCGACUUCGUCGCCGCGGCCAGCGGCCGCGAAGGGAUCGGUAACUUCCUCUGGACGACCUUCACCCGCGCGAACCCCGCGGCGGACCUCUACGGCGUCGCCGCGUUCACCGACCGUAAGCACUGGGGCUGCCGCGGCCCGCUGGUGAUCGACGCCCGCAUCAAGCCGCACCACGCCCCGGUGCUGGAGGAAGACCCGCAAGUGACGUCCAAGAUCGAAGCAAUGGCCGCCCAGGGCGGGCCGCUGCACGGGCUGUUCUAG